UUUUGUAAUUGUGUGUACUAACACUACUAACUGUGGCGUGUUCACGGUCGUUGUACACUUGCGAAGUUGUGAUAGCUUGAAUACUGUACUGCUUGUGGUUUUAACUUGAAUACUUGAUGUUUAUUUAGAAUUUUAGAACAUUGUUUUUACUUCGAGUCUACGACCUGUGUGACCACGUAUUGAGGUUGACUACAAAAGUUAAUCAUUAGUUUUAACUAUGGCAUUUGUUCGUGUCAAAAGGCGUCAUAACGAAGAUCCGUUUAAUUCAAUUGUUGUAUCCCACAAGAAAUUAAAAACUGUCGGUACAGAUUUCAGUAGAGAUUGUGUAUUUCAAUUUGCUGCCACUUUAAAAGACGAAAAUGAAAACUUAUCUCAAAUAUUGAAAGAAGUCAGAGAAGAACAAUCUGUAAAAAUGUUAACAAAAAAGAACAAAAAUAAAAACAUUAAUGAUGUGGUUGAACAUUCAAAAGAUAAACGUUUAAAGCUAGUUAAUACUCUCAGAGCUGUUAAACAAGAUACAGUUCCCAUUGGAGAAAUAGAUGGAGAAAAUUCAGAAAUAAAAGUUGUUGAUUUUGUUAAGCAAGCUGAAGACAGUAGCAAGCCCUUAAUAGAUGAAGGAAUUUCAAUUGACUAUGUAUAUGAUUUGUAUUAUGCAUUAAAUAAUGAUGAUAAAUCAAUUGAUAUACAAGAUAUUGAUAGUGUACAUGGUUUAGAUUCAGAGAAUUUUUAUAAUAUUUGUAGUAAUAUUGAUAACUCUGAUAAUGAUUCUUCACAUUGUGAAGAUGAUGACGAUUCCAAUGAUGAAGGGAAUUGGAGAAAUGAUUAUCCUGACGAGGAUGAAAUGGAGAACGACGAAGAUGAUUUUUGUCAAGAUCUGGUUUCUAAAUCAAAACAAUGGAAAAUACACAGUGAUAGCAGUACUGAUUCAGAAGAUAAUAUUGACGACUAUGAAUUACAUUUUGCAAGGUACAAAGAGCGCGUGAAAGCAGAAGAACACUUUUUUUAUAAUAGUGUUUUAGAUGAUAGUUCUGGAAGUACAAAUGAUUCAGAUGAUUGAAUUAAAUAAAAAUUAUUAUUUGUGUUCAUAUAAUGUAAU